CGAGAGGGCCACAACAUGAUGACACGGGAUACUGAGGGUCUUGUAGAGGCUGAAAGCCCCUCGCCCUCAGGACCUCCCGGAGGAAAGGCCGGGCUGCCUUGGGCUUGGCUCUCGCACCAGCCGGUAGCCCCUCGAAAGCUUGCGUGGGCGGGGCCAGGGCGGGGCCGGACGGCGAUGGGCGGAGCUGAGAGCUACAGGGCGAGGCUCGGCCCACCUCCGCCCCCGGUAUCCCACACUGCCCCGGGACCGGAAGGUGAAGCUGUGACUUCCGGCAUCUACCCAGUGGCUGCGGUCAGUUGUUUUGUCGAGUGGUGGCGGGCAAGUGUCUUUGCUUUUUAUGGCCGCUGCCGUCGCCAUGGAGACAGGUAUCCUCAGUGUUUACACAUGUUAGAACUGCUCCAGUAUGAACACUUCCGCAAGGAGCUGGUGAACGCUCAGUGUGCGAAAUUUAUUGACGAGCAGCAGAUUCUGCACUGGCAGCACUAUUCCCGGAAACGGAUGCGACUUCAGCAAGCCCUGGCAGAGCAGCAACAGCAAAAUAACACAUCGGGAAAAUGAAAACGGGACUCAGAGCAGGCUCUUAAGACAUGUAUAUAAUGUGUUUCUUUUGUAUAGUGAAGACAAAAGACUCUUCCUUUCUACCUGUACUGUGGUAGCACCUAGACCCUUGAGUGUACUGUUUAAUCCAACUCAUUUUAUUGUUAAUAGAUUAUUUCCGUUAAAUGAGAAUUGUUCUACUUUUGAGUUCCCUGUAGAUUUGUAAGUUUUCAUUAGUUUUUUUUUUUUUUUUUAACACAGUCAACUGAGUAAGAAUGGAAACCUUAAGAUGAUUUGGACCAAUUUAAGCAGACAAUGGGGGAUGGGGUAUAGGGUAGGGUAGGGUCACCAAAUAUACCAAAUGCUAAACUGAGCUCUGCUGUUGAUAUGCAGUGGUACCUUGGGCAAGUCCACCUACUGGAACCUUAUUGUCUCUAGGAUGACAGAAGGAGAGGAAUGGAGCCAGUGACCUCUUUUAAUUGUAGAGCAGGAAGUGGACAAAACUUCUAAGCUUUAUACAGUGAUACAUAUUUAUAUUACCACUUAUUUUGCAAGGUAACUUUAAGGAAGAAUCAUUAGAAUGUUGCUGACCUAGUGGCAGUGGAAAGAAGAUUUGUGGUUAACUACUAAUUAGACUUUUGACCUUAGGCUACAAAGUUAUGGAGCAUCAAGUGCUUGUGCUUACUCAGGGAAGCUAACAUUUAUUUGGCAGAUACCACAAACCAGGCACUAAGUUAAGUGCUUCUUCAGGUUCUUACAGAAUAAUCCUUGUUUACAGAGGAGGAAACUGAGGUUUAGAUAGGCGAAGUAACUUGACUAGGAGUACACAGCUAGUAAGUGGUACUUCUUCACCUCAGUAGGCUAGUCUCCCCAAUCCCCUCUCUGUCACCCACCUCAUCCUAAGUGAAGCACAUUUAGACAGCUGCAAAACAAACUGCCCGGAUUAAGCAGAGGCUGGAUUAGGAGUUCUGUGCUUUCCUUCAGUGAUUAAGUUCUAAAGCCCAAGAAAGGGUUUUUAGGAAUAUCAACUGGUUUGCAAAUUCAUGGAAUUAAGGUAAAAGAUAUCCUAAUCCCUUUAGAGAUUAACUGUCAACUGUGAUAUUAAGGGCUUUUAGGUGUUUUCUCUCACCUCCAAUAAUACAUUCCCAUUACUUCUACUCCUGAAGAGUUCUUUUGCCCCCAUCUUAAAGAUACACGUACACUGCAGAUGGAGGGUUCGUGAGCAUUUUAAUAGUGCACUUUAGACAUACGCCAACUUUUUCUACAUCAUCAUUUAUUUAAUCAAGUAUGCAUUUCUAGAGCAGGGUUAAGAAAUCAAGAUACAAUUGCCAUCAUCAAAUCUUAAUCUUCAGAGAACAACAUCUCCACAAGGCUGGCCUGAAGACACUCAGAUUCUACCAGUUUUUGAGGCUGUAAGAGAAGAACAGUUAAAUCUUAAUCCACUGCUACAAAAUGUCAGGAGUGGAGUGCAUCGUUCUAGCUUGAAUGACACAAAUCUUUGAACGCAAAAAUUAUACCAUUCAGAAACUACUGACUGGUUGUAACAAGUUUUAUGAAAUUGUUUAACACAUUUGUCUCAAGAUGAAUCAUUAAAAUACUUGGCUCAAGGGAAUUAAACCCAAGAUACCAGGAAGGUGUAAACACAGAAACAAGAGACAGCGUGCCCAGUGCCAUCCCCUUUCCCUCAACUCUUCAGGAUACCAAGGGCAUGACUGAGCUUUCUUUUUAACCAGAAUUAUGCAUUCAAUGGAAAACAAUAGAUGCUAAUGCUUUAAGGAGUCAUGACUUAAUCAGCUUCAUGAGGACUGCUUAAGAGUUUUUUUAAGAAAAAUUCUUAGGAAAAAAAAAAAGGCAUGGCGACAU